ACUUUCCAUAAAUCAAGAUGGCUGCCGCGGUGUCUGCGGACAAAAACGUAGUGGGUCUACUAAAUGGCCUCGCUAGGAGACAGUUCUUCGGUGAGACGGAAAUAACCGAUAAAUUCUUACACAGUGAGCUUUAUAGCGACCUCUCUGAUGAGGAUUUCGACGCAAUGCUCAAGAAAUACGAUGCUUUAGUAAAUAAUAUUGUCAGUACAGAUAUGGAUUUCAAUCAACUUGAGGCCUUCCUAACCUCGCAAACGAAGAAAAGAGAAGGCGCUUUACCACACGAGCAUGCUGCGGCCUUUAUGAAGUUCUGGAAGUCGCAGAAGACAAAGAUCCACGAUAGUCUGGUGCAGAGAGCUUCGUGGAAUAACCAGCUGAGAGAUAUAAACUGGCGUGUUGAUCUGAAGACCCAAGCCAGACAUGUCAAUCAAAUAAAUACCCCGGUGGCAAUCGUGGAGAUGCAGAUCGAGAAUAAAGUGAAGCAGGGUGCUAGUAAGAAUAUUGAUGUACUCCAGUUUGAAAUGGAUGAAGGACAAGUAAACAAAAUGCUUCAUAGCUUUGAUCAAAUAGAGAAGCAGCUUUCAUCUUACUCACAGUCGUAGAAAUUUAAGGUGACACAAGAAUAGCUGACAAUUAAGUGACAGAGAAUGACUCAAGUGCAAACAAGCAUUAACAUAUUUUUCUAUCAAACCAUCACCUAAUUAAAUCAUAUACAAAACUGUAUCUGAAAAGUAAUAAAAUGUUCUAUUGUUUGA